ACUGAGUUGUGUGGAUAGACAAGACCAACAUAUUUAUUUUUUCUACACGUGCUGUAGAAAGCAAAAUGGCCACGACACAACUCUGUUGUUUUUCUGAAGAUGGAGAAUAUUUUGCACAUUCAAGUUCUGAUGGAACAUUACGAAUAUUUGAAUGCGCAACAGCUACUUUAAAACAGGAAUAUUCAUCUAGUUCACACCUUUCAUCCACCACUUCUUCAUUGACGUGGAGUAGACUUAAAAAAGAAUUGCCACCCAGUCCUAAUGCUAAGCGAAAAAGGCUCAAUAACACUGCUGAAGAGGAAAGCUACCACGAUGAGUUGAAAUUACUUGCCUUAGGUACAACUUCUGGAACUGUCUAUUUAUACAGUUUUGCCAAAGGACUACUUCACACCCAGUUGACUGGUGCACACACUUCAGCAGUGAAUGAUAUUUGCUGGCACUUUUCAAAACCAGAAUUGUUUACCUGUUCAGAGGAUCAGACAGUUGUCCAGUGGGAUUUAAAGAAAGGGAAAGUCAGGCACAAAUGGAAAUGUGAUAAUUCUGGGAUUUAUUCAGUGUGUUUAUGUUCCCAAAACAAACUUCUCACAGCAAGUAAUAGUAUCAAAUUAUGGGAUCUAAAUACAAGAACUGUAUUACAGACAUUUACAGGGCAUUCGUCACCUAUUUUCAAGUUAAUACCAGUUUGGUCAAGUACUAAUGAAGCUUCUUACGUUUUAUCUGCAUCCCUUGAUGACAGGCACAUUCAAAUUUGGUACUGUGGUGACUCAUCUAAAGAUCGAGAUGCUGUUGCCUCUUUUUCUGUUCCUGAUGAGCCUGUGUAUUUAUCAUUAUGUAAACCCUCUACUUCAUCACAAAAUGUCAUGUUAUCAGUUAUUACAAGAAAAGGUUUCGCCUACAUAUUUGAACAUGUUUUAAAUGGGAAAAAAUCUACACCUAUGACAUCAAAGGUUACAGUGAAGGCUGUCAUGUCAAAUGAGCAAGCUGAUGUUAAAAAAUCUUCUGUUCCUAUUCUGGCAUCAGAUUUCAUUACUAAAAAUAUAAUUGUUGCCUAUGGCAACCCUGUAAAACCACAGUUUGAAAGAAUAAAAUAUGAUGCUGCUAAACCUGAGAUAAUUAUAACAGUCAAAGCUCUGUCUUUGUCUUUAAUUAAGGAAGAAUAUUCACAGGUGAAGAAGCCUGAAGUUUCUAAGCAUAUGACUACAUUAUUGUCUGCUGAUUCACAGCCUAUUCCAGCUAGUAAAACUAAAGGGAAAAAAAGAAUACGACGAACAUCAGUUUCAGAUUUAACAGUUGAAGAAAGACUUGCUGCCAUGAGCACUGACACACCAAAGGAAAGUCAAGUAAAGCAGCAGCCUGUUGCAAACACAUUGUGUAGACUUUUACAGCAGGCUUUGCUCAGUGGUGAUCACAAGCUCUUGACGGGAGUCUUUCAAGAAACAAAUGAAACCAUAGUUAGAAAUACAUUAAAAAGACUGCCAGUUUCGUGUAUUGUUCCACUUGUCAAAGUGAUAGAAGCAGGAAUGAUGGGGCAUGCACAGCAUGCAUGGAAUUUAAGUAGAUGGACAUCUUGUUUGAUUUCUUGUCAUGCAUCUUACAUUUUAUCUGUUCCUGAGAUAAUUGCUACCAUGAAUAAACUUUAUCAAACAUUAAUAUCAAGGCAAAAAUUUUUCCCUAAAAUGCUUCAGCUUAAAGGAAGAUUGGAUCUAGUUAAACAAGGGGGUAGUUCUAAGGAAGUUGAUGAUGAAGAUGAUGCAUCCAAAGAGCCUCUUCUUGUUUAUCAAGAUGAAUCAGAUUCUGAUGAAUCAGAGGGGUUAGCAAUAGAUGGAGCUGCUGAAGAAUCUGAUGAAAAUUGGGAUGAUAUUGAGUCAGAUAUGGAAUCCUAACAGUUAAUUUGGAUUGAUUGGACAUAAUAAAGACUAAGAUCAUAACAGCUGCUCACUUUGAGAUGACUGUUUACAACCGAGUCACUGGCACAAUAGAUAUUGAAUUUCUAUUGAGUUUUAGACAACACAUUGUGAUACUGUUUUUCAGUAUUACUAAUACUACUGCAUUUUAAAAUCUUAGAGAUUGAUUUCAGUCAUUUGCAAAAGGCUGUUAGGACUUGGAAAGGAAACAAAAAAGUUUUUAAAGGAAACAUUUUUUUAACACUACAAUGUUGAUGAUUUAAUAUAAUUAUAUGCAUUUCCUUCUUGUAGAUCUUGUUUAUUCCAAGAUAAUUUUCUUUGAAUGUAUAAAUCUAAGGGGUGAUAUUCAUGUUUUGUGAACUCACUUGUUUUUAUCAGGAAUUCACCAGAGAAGCAUGUGGUAGUGAGUGAAAGUCUGUAUGUUUAUUCUGGUACUUGCCAUAUGUUGAGAUGUAACUGACUUACAUAUGUCAAAGUGUAAAGUUUGUGAGCUAAGGUUGUUUUGUCUCUACCAAACUUGUAUAAUAUUGUAACACUCCAGUUGGUUGCCUUCAUCUAAAUGUAUGUUUAUGUGAAGAAUGUGUUCAUUGUUUUGACAUCCAAUACACUAUCACAUUGAAUACAAACAUUGUUGCUUUCAUUCUUCUUUGACAGAAUACAAAAAUACAGUAAGAAGUUGAAAGGUCGAAUCCUUUUAAAAAAAAAUUAAAAUAAUAUAUUUGACUAGAGCAUAGUUUGUCUGAUAAUGGCCAUAUUUGUUAUUCAUUCAAUCGUGCCUCUGAUGAGGCUGCAAUGUUCAGCUGCACACUGAGCAAGUUAUUCCUUGUCCUUAUCAACUCUGUCUGGUAAAAAGUUAGUACACCUUAUUUUUCCCACAUUCAAACUCAGAACAAGUUGAAAUUUUGCACACAAAAAAAAUCAUCUAUAAAAUUAAUCGAUUAGUUAUUUAAUUAUUGGUAAUUAAUUAUUUUGUUUGGUAUUGUCAAGGGAAGGGAAAAUGUACUGACAAAUGAGUAAUGAGACAGUAUAAGUUAAAUUAGUCCCCUUGAUACAUUGUGUAGAGAAGAUUGUUGCUUAAAAGUUUGAAACUAACAAUGUAUAGCUACGAAACUCUAUUUUGCUGGCAAAUUUGUUAGUGUAUUGGGUUAAGCCCUCGACUUAAAAUUCAAGUCCUACAACUUUUUAAUGUAUUGGUCAAGCUUUUGUGUAUCUGAACUUCAGAAAGUCAUUUUCUUUGAGGAUUGCAUCUCCUAGUAAGAAAUCACAGGUUAGAAACAACCAAUAGAAAAAAUAAUACUUUUUAAAUGCUAAGUUUAUAUUAGGGAAAGAACUGCUUACUCUGCCAUUUAUCUGAAAAUUAGAGUUUAGCUCCCUGCUAUAUAAAUCAAAAUAUAAUUACUACUAAAUGACCAACUAAUUGGGUUAAUUUUUUUGAUUUAUUCCAGUAUUGUUAUUAACUAUAAAAAUUAUGCAAAACUUGAUCUGAGAAUGAGAAAAACAUAGAGUGUGUUGAUACAAGCUUUGUAAAAAAAUAAAAAGAGGUGGACGGACUGAAUCUGAAGUGUGAGAAACUUUCGAGGCAAAUGAACAGUGUUUCUCAAACAUUUAGCUCUGGUUUUUCGCUUGACAAUUAUUAUUUUUUUAUCCCUGGGUUCCUAAAAGGGGGCUCCGGUGAAGGUUCUCACAAUGGGUUUAAGAAGGCUCUUAAAAAUGUAAUGAAAAGAUAUUUACAUAUAUUUAUGAUUAAAUUGUCCAGUUUUAUUUUGUAUAAAUAUUUACAAUGUUUAGAAUCGAAAUGUAUGAAGUGAAUGUUAAUUAAAAGCUAAUCCAUUUA